UAUAAGGGUCAUCACAGGGAAUUCUGCUUCCUUGGGGCGGGGGAAGGGCCCCAAAGCCGUCCAUCUUUGCCUCUUCACCCUCAGGGAAGGUACCAGGGGAGGCUCACAGUGCACUGUGGUUAGAGGGCUAGAGGGGUGGAGGCCCCUGGGCAGCAGAAGUCAUGGGGGCUGUGGCCUGAGGGGGCCUGGAGUGGCCCGGGUCCAACAGGACCGUAGGUAUGGCCAGGUAAAUGGAGAGCAGUGGGCCCUGGGUACCUGGCCCCGGGCUCUCCCUGUUGCUUUUGCUGCUCCCUCCACUGCUGAGCGCCGGGAGCUUCCAGCACGAUGUCCUGAACUGGAGAAAUUUCCACCACCUUGACUUUGGCUGGAAAACCAUUCACCGCUACCUCAGCCCAGACUGGGGAAGCCUCCACAGGAGCAUCAGGAGCAAGGCGAGCAAGUUGCAUGACUGUGAUGGUGCCUUUGACCUCUAUUUAGUCUUGGAUGCGUCGAACAGCGAAGGCAACACUUGGAAUGAAGUUUGUGAUUUAACAGAAAGGUUGCUGAAGAGGUUUACAAACCCUAAACUGAGGAUUUCCCUCAUCACCUACUCCUCAGUCAGCUCUGUCCUUCUGCCACUCACCUCCGACAGAAAUGAACUAAAAAAAGGUCUUCAAAGACUUCGGGAGAUAAGGCCCUCAGGAACCAGAAGACUGCAGGAUGGAUUGAGAAAGGCAGGUGAUGAGAUUGCGAAAGUUUACACUGCUAACAAGAAAGCUGCCAGCAUGAUUUAUGCUUUGACUGCUGGACCACUGGACCAGUGGACAGUAUGGGCUUCUCAGCGAGAAGCCAGCAGGUUUAAGAAUUUUAAGACCAAAUUUUACGCCAUAGGUAUGAAAAACUCUCAGAGAAACCAGUUGAUUCAAAUUGUGGGUGGAAAGACCCAGGCAUAUGAGGUACCCAAACCUAAUGACAUGGAAGGCUUUAUUAUAUCGCUCGUGGGAAAUUCCUGUAAGCAAGUUAUGGGUGGGGACAGCUACUAUGCCUGUGUAGGAGAAUCCUACCAUCUCGGAUUUUAUGCAUCUGGACUGAGUCCAGACAGAAUGAGUGAAUAUACUUGCAGAUAUAAAUUGGACAAAAACGAAGUCUACACUAAACCACCUGACUCAGUGACUGCAGAAAAAUUAGUGUGCCUAGGACAUAUUUUUCUUAAGGCUGGACAGGUGGCCGUCGUUGAUUACUCUCUGGACAGGGAAAAUACCUGGAGUGAGCGAAGCCUGAAAAUUACCAGCAGGGACUGUUAUGAGCCUACAGAGCCCACAACUAUCCCAACAACUACCACAACGACCACAAAGCCUACCACAACGAGGAGGACAACCACAACCACAGUGCCUACAACGAGGAGGACAACGACAACAACGACGACAACGACGACAACGAGGAGGACAACGACGACGACGACGACAACCACGACGACGACGACGACGACGACAACCACGACGACAACAACUACAACCACCACUACGACAACGACAACCACGACCACGACAACCACAACGACAACGACAACAACGAGAAGGACAACGACAACAACGACAACCACGACGACAACAACCACCACGACGACGACAACAAGGAGGACAACUGCCUACAACUGUCACAACAAGGAGGACAACAACGACAACAAGGAAAACAACAACCACAACGAGAAGGACAACGACAACAACAACGAGGAGGACAACAACGACGACUACGACGACUACGACUACGACGACUACGACUAUGACGACGACUACUCCCACAACAACAACGACUACGACGACCACAACAACCACAGUGCCUACCACUGUCACUACAACGACAACCACCACAACCACAGAAAGUACAACUGUCCCAGAGACUACAGUGUCCACUGUUGUCACCCAGACCCCGGUUCCUCUCUUGUACCCUACACUUGUCCCAUCCCUGGUCGUGAUCCCAUUGCUGCUUAUCUGUAUCUGCUGCUACAAGAGGGUUAUCAAGGAGCCACCAUCAGCCCAGAAUCCAAAAAAACCAUGCCCUGUACAGACCACAGUGAUUGUCUCCCGCUGUGAGUGCCAAGAAGACAGAAUAAGACAGAUGGAGGGAAAGCUGGAUGUUUUUUAUAACUUUCUUCAGUGCUGCAGUCUGGUGCCAUGGAUGUGGUGUCCACCCAGGGACAUGGGGAGGUGCAUCGACUUUGCCUUAAUGACUCCUCAGUGCAUGCCAAUGCUCUACGACUCAGAGAUCUGCCUUCAACCUAGUGAAGAGUGCCUCCCCCUCAAUAUCUGCUGCUCACGUUGUCAGCAUCCCCCACCGAUAUGCUCUCAGCCACCGUCCAGGACGUUACCGCUGAUCCCUCCCCCAGAGGUCUACAGAAGUACUACAUCUCUCCCGCCCCCAUAGCUCAACAUCUAAAGAACUUAAAACUGAACAUUAAGAGCCCCUUUUGUACCAAUUAGACACACACAUAUAUAUAUAAAAUACAAUAUAUAUCUUGUGUUUUGGAUUACAGUCAAAAGGAGCUGGAAUUAGUUUCUGAUCAGCAGGAGAGUUCCUUACCUGGGGAGCACUGCUCCUCUGUAUGAGACGCAACUAUACUCUCCUACCAGGACAAGGCACCCUGGUGUCCUGUUGAUGUAGACAGGAUGAGUCCCAUUCCCACAAGACAGAUCUCCAUCUGUCACCAAGGGUUGAGAUGCAUGGGGUGCUAGACGAAAUAUGCUCUUUAAAGGAAGCCCAAAAUAUCUGAUAUAUGGAAA